AUGAAAUUAUCUUGUAUCCCAAUUCUUCCACAAAUUUAUGAAAAUAAAAGAAAGCAAGUAUUAGAAAACAGAGAAAUCAUAAAUGCUCUCAUUGCAAUAACUUUGUUUCUCAGUCAACAUUCAUUACCAUUUCGUGGUCACCGUGAAAGCUGGGAUGAACGAAAUAAAGGGAAUUUUAAAGACCUAACAAUACUAAUCAGUAAAUUUUCACCAGAAUUGGCUGCAUAUAUUAAUCACUUGAAGACCAAAGGAAAGAGUGAAGAAUCGUCAUUAACUACGGGUCGUCAGCUUUUUUCAAUAUUUCAAGAUAUUUGCCUUGAAAAUGAAUUAGAUUGGAGAUCAUUACUUGUUGGUCAAAGUUACGAUGGUGCUAGCAAUAUGCGAGGUCAAUAUGAAGGUUUACAAGCUUUCAUAAAAGAAGUAAAUCCGUCUGCUGUUUAUACAUGGUGCUAUGCUCACCGUCUGAACCUUGUAGUGGUUCAAGUUGCUAGUAGUUCUGCUAAUGCUGUAAAUAUGUUUGGUAAUGUAGAAGAACUGUAUAACUUUAUCUCGUCUAGCAAAAAAAGAAUAGCAUACUACGAAAAUAUACAGAAAGAAAACAGACCAUCUGAAAGAGUAAGAAGAUUAAAAAGAGUAAAUACCACUAGAUGGAUGUCUUAUUUCAAAGUUCUCCAAACAGUUUUGUUCACUUUUGAUAUAAUCAUAGACACUUUGGAAAAUAUUAAAGUUACAGAACCAUCUGAUUACAAGAUCUGCUCUAAGGCCAAUGGAUUAAUUGAAUUUUUACUAACAGAACAAUUUAUAAUGACGGCUAUAUGUUUCAGUAAAAUAUUUCAAUUAUUAGAUCCGGUUACAAAAAUUCUUCAGUCACCCGAUAUUGAUUUAUUGGGAGCAGUAAACAAUCCAAAACAAGAAUUUAAAGUCAACACUUAUUUCAUGAUAAUUGAUGCAGCCAUUUCCUCAAUUGAAACUAGAUUUCAUUCAACAGAUUUGAGGGCAGAGUAUAUACAAUAUUCUAGAUCAUUUUUUGAGUUUGAAGAUGCAGUAGGGUUUCAACAAACUUAUAUCCAUGGCAAAAAAUAUACCAGUAACAAUGAUAGUGAACAUGAAAGUGAAGAGAGUCCAGAUUCAGAUUGGAAUGAAGAUGAAGGAGGGAUGUACGUACACAAACAUAAUAACUUAGGAACUUUACUACAUAUGCUUCAAGUGUGUCAUAAAGCAGGGUUAAAAAAUGUUUUUCCAUGCCUUUAUGACGCCUUACAUAUUGCAUGUACAUUACCUGUUGCAAGUACGACGCCUGAAAGAACUUUUUCUAAGUUAAAAAUAGUUAAAAAUAGAUUAAGGACAACAAUAUCACAGGAUCGCUUAGAACAAUUAUUAAUAAUGUCAUGUGAAUCAGAUAUAGAGAUUGAUAAUGGUCAAGUUAUUGAUAUAUUUGCUAACUGCAGUUCAGUUUGA